AUUUCAUUUUUUCAUUUACUUCAGGUUGAAGUAUUCCUUUAACAUGUAUAUAACGCAUACACACUAACAUUUUGUCUCAUACACUGAACACAUGAUCCUGCUGUUGUGUCUCUGUCUUUAAGAAGGUACAGGGUGCUCUAAGUUUGUUUGUUUUCUGAGUCUGCUCUAUAACAGAGCUGGAGGGAUUGUGGGUAGUUAUGACAAUGAGUAAACCUCCUUGUUGCUGUAUGAUAUGGUUGGUUUUCUAAGUUGUGUAAAUUGUAAAUCUCUCAGCUUGUGUGCUUGAACUGGGUGUGUUUUUGUUUUAAAUCAUUGUGCUUCAUUUGUCACCAGUUUACAGCUUUCUCUUAUUUAAUUGUAUAUUUUUUACAGGGAAUCACAGCCGUAGUACCUCCUCGAGCUCCAGAAGUUGUGCGGCAUUGAGUCUGAUGCUGGAAGCUGUCUGAAUAUUUGAUGUCUGAUUUGCUUUUGCUUGUUCAGGCUUUAGUCGCGGACUUUUAUUUUGAAGAGGUGUGAAGGGCAGGGCGCUGACUUCCGCCUGGCAGAAGACGGCGGGCGCUGGCGCUGAGAUCAGGGCGGAUUCACCGAGUCUGGAGAAACAUGGACAGUCAAGGCAGGAAAGUGGUGGUGUGUGACAACGGGACCGGGUUUGUGAAGUGUGGAUAUGCUGGCUCUAAUUUCCCAGAGCACAUUUUCCCGGCUCUGGUGGGGAGACCGAUCAUCCGCUCCACAGCCAAAGUGGGAAACAUCGAGAUCAAGGACCUGAUGGUGGGCGACGAGGCGAGCGAGCUGCGCUCCAUGCUGGAGGUGAACUACCCGAUGGAGAACGGGAUCGUGAGGAACUGGGACGAUAUGAAGCACCUGUGGGACUACACUUUCGGCCCCGAGAAGCUCAACAUCGACUCCCAGAACUGCAAGAUCCUGCUCACAGAGCCGCCCAUGAACCCCACCAAGAACCGAGAGAAGAUCAUCGAGGUGAUGUUUGAGACCUAUCAGUUCUCAGGCGUUUAUAUCGCCAUCCAGGCCGUGCUUACUCUGUACGCUCAAGGUCUGCUGACGGGUGUGGUGGUGGACUCUGGAGACGGUGUCACUCAUAUCUGUCCAGUGUAUGAAGGUUUUUCUCUUCCUCAUCUCACGCGGCGUCUGGACAUCGCCGGACGCGACAUUACACGCUACCUCAUCAAGCUGUUGUUGUUGAGAGGUUAUGCCUUCAAUCACUCAGCGGACUUCGAGACGGUGAGGAUGAUGAAGGAGAAUCUGUGUUACGUGGGCUAUAACAUCGAGCAGGAGCAGAAGCUUGCGCUGGAGACCACCGUGCUGGUGGAGUCCUACAUGCUGCCGGAUGGUAGGGUGAUUAAAGUGGGUGGCGAGCGGUUCGAGGCUCCGGAGGCUCUGUUCCAGCCUCACCUCAUUAACGUGGAGGGAGUGGGUGUGGCUGAACUGCUCUUCAACACCAUCCAGGCAGCCGACAUUGAUACCAGGGCUGAGUUUUACAAACACAUCGUUUUGUCGGGCGGUUCUACGAUGUAUCCUGGUCUGCCGUCUCGUCUGGAGCGUGAGCUCAAGCAGCUCUACCUGGAGAGAGUGCUGAAGGGAGACGUCGACAAGCUCUCGAAGUUUAAGAUCCGCAUCGAGGAUCCUCCACGCCGUAAACACAUGGUGUUUUUGGGCGGAGCGGUGCUAGCCGACAUCAUGAAGGACAAAGACAACUUCUGGAUGACCAGAGAGGAGUACCAGGAGAAGGGCACACGCGUUCUGGAGAAGCUGGGGGUCACCGUUAGAUAAAUCACACACACAACAUUGCACUCACACUCCCAGUCACAGGGUGGCAUUUUGGCAGUGUAAACACACAAAGGUUUUCUUCAGUUUAUGAGGAUAUACUUGAGAACAAUGGUAUUCAAAUACUUGAACAUCUUUGCAAUCCAAAAAAAGAGUGCUUAAUGUUUGUACGACAUUCCAAAUGUAAAGAUUCAUAUCACCGCUGCACAGCACGAGACAAAAAUUUAAUGAAAUCGUUUAUGCUGCCAAAAUUAAUCCUCAAACGAUCCCUCAUGUAUCCCCAUAUCGUGACCUGUCCGUCUUAUGACUUCACAUUGACCCUAAAAAAAA